AUGCCUUCGCUCAAAGUUCCCGAAACCGGCCUCAUUCUUGAGAGCUCGGCUGCCUCGGGCAAUCCUGUACCGCCCCAGGCCUUUACCAUCAAUCUAUCCGACCAUGUCCUGGAGGACAUGAUCAGGUGUGUGCAAAGUGGCGAGGACCUCCAACUGUCCUUGGGGAGUAGCCCGACAUUGCUCUACGGAUCUAGCUCCCAUAUCCUUUCUCCGGUUUCCGAACCAUACUCACACGACCUCUUCCUCACGAAACCUUUCGAGUCGACUAAACGAGCCACGCGAUUACCACAAACCUCCUCAUUAUGGAAGAAGCUGCCCAGCUCCGAGGCCCCUAAGAAGGCCGAACAAGCCAAGGCAAAGGGCGCCCCUUCGACCUCGUCGUCUGGCAUGGACUCAGAUAUAGAGAAUCUGCAAAACUCCAUCGCCGCGGCGACGGCGUCGAAGAAGCAGUCACGGGUCAUGGACAGGUUACCGCCAUCAAACAACAAGAAGGCCACAGGGAAGACGGCCAAGUCGUUGCUGUCGAGCAUGGCGUCCUAUGGCAACGGCGGCGGCAAGUCUUCUCCUUCGGGGUCUCCGGCUCUGGUAGCCGUCAGCUCACCAUCGACAAACCCAGUCUUCUCGUCCUCGCAACAGGUUGUCGAGAAGUCCAAGGAGCAGAGGUCGAUGAUCGUCCACGAGCUGGCGGUACAGGACCGGCCAUACGACUACCUAGAAGGCCUCUGGGAGGGUAAAGAGGAAGACUUCAAGCCCGCCCUGGAGAAGGUUGCCCAAUUCGAGCCGGACACGCAAAUGUGGGCGUUGAGAAAGCACUACUGGAGAGAGUUGGAUGUGUGGAAGUACGACUAUGAUACCCAAGAUACCCGGCAAAAGGCGAUCGAUAAUGCGAUCCGACAGUUUGACAAGAUGCGGUUGGCAACUACGGAGCCCGACUGGCAGAAGCUCCUGCCGAGGGAAGAGCGAGGAAAGGGCAAGAUCCUUAGCAAGUUGCAGGCGAACAUUGCCAAGGCUUCUUCCGCGGCACCCCCACCCAAGAUCAAGGUCAGCGACGCAACCAGCGACAACGGAGACGAAGACGUCCUCAAGAUGAAGGGUGGCGAAACAAUGUCACGGUCAUCGUCGAAUCCGCUACCAGCGAAACCGAAGAAGGCCGCUGACUCCCAGGUCAAGCGCCUCUUGUCGACGAACAAGAAAACUUCGACUCCCAGGGCCGCACCAAUCAAAAGUAAAGAGAAGGCGCCUGCCCCGGGCAAGAACGGCCGUGUUCUCUCUGCAGAAUUCGUCACCAAUUCAGACUCGGACUCUGAGUCCUCGGAGGACAAGCCGAUGGCAACUAUCGUGGCCUCCAAGCCUAGACCAGCACCUGCCGCUGCACCUGCCCCCAAGAAGAAACCUGAGGCGCCUGCACCAAAGCCAAAGAUCGCUGUGCCCAAGCCAAAAGCCAGAGCGGUGGAGAAGCCAGCGGACCGAUCGGUUGAGAGAUCGAUCGAGCGGCCCAAGGAGAAAUCACCUCAGCCUCCCCGGGAGGCUGUGAAGGCGAUCAAGUCGCAGCCGCCUAAGCGACAGCGAGAAGACGAGGCAGACGACAGCAGCUCCAGCUCUGGCGUUCCCCUGGCCAAGCGAGCGAAGCCCAGGGCGCCGAUCAAGGCACCCGUUAGCCUGAAGCAGCGCCCCGCAGAUGCCUCGCAUAACUCGUCCCGCAAUUCAUCUGGCGUCUCUUACAAGAGCAAAAACACUUCGCCAGCCAAGUCUUCGCCGUUGGCUUCGUCACCGCCAACGAACGCAUCAGACCUGGACCACUCGGCGCCACCCAAGAAGCGCAAGUUGGUGGAAUCUUCCGACUCCAACGAGAGCGCCCGGACCAAGCCAGUUCCCAAGCGUCAACGCGGACUCAGCCCUGAACUGGUCAGCAAAGCCGCGCGUUUCAAGGCGUUCUACCAAAAGUAUGAGACUCUGCACUGGGAGAUUGCCGACAUGCGCGACCCGCCCCAGCAGAAGAUGAACGACCUACUCGAGAUGCGCGAGCGACUGAAGAGCAUGAAGACAGAGAUCUACAGGGAAUGUCCACCUGCAAUCGCGGUCGCUUAG